AUGAGGAAAAUUAGAAUCCUGAGGGCUGUAUGCGCAUUAUGCGCAAUCGGAUUGCAUUCAAUCGGUCAUAUUCAUGCGUCUGAUAAUAGUUUGGGAAUAGGAAAUGACUUAUUCGUCAGGUACGCUCUCGUAACGCAACUGAUGGAUGUGGAUCAAUCGGCAUCAAGCUAUAUUGAAUGUCCACGCCGAGUUAAAGACACCGAAUAUGUAUGGCAUCCUCAACCAACGUCUGACACAUUACCCGAUAUAAAAGCCUACGUGGUUGAAGACGGCAAAUUUCAUUCCACUCCUCUUUCGGAAGUUAUUAUAAGCGAAAGUCGAAUUCCCUACAUUUCGUUGCACAUAAAUGAGACGGAAUCAAAACUAUACAUCGACUUACAUAUUGCUGAGGUAUUCGCCAUCACGAAGCGACGCCUGGUUUUCAUUUGUGGACCACGAAAUCUGGUUUUAACUGACACGUUGCAACACCAGCUUUAUCAACUCAAUGGCUCCACUCUCAAGGGAUCGUUUCCUUGGGACGUUAACACGACAUUGACUCAGGAAAUUAUGAAAAUAGGAACGGGGUUGGCAAUGUUCUCCUUGCUCACAGGGCGAUUCCAGACGCUGCUUCAAGGCUGCGGCAGCCGUCCGUCACCACUGUUCCUUCCGAGUAACGACGUAACUGUAGACCGCUCCACUGGCGUGACUUCCUGUGUGGUGGACCCUAUGUCACCAUUACGCAUUGGUUUUGUUUGCGAAGGUCGAAUUGAACCGAAGGGUUGUAUGAAAUCAUUACUGGAUGAGCAUGGCAGAGUUGUGACCGUAACUGAGCCUCAUUUAUAUUGGAAUGUCGCGAAAAAUGCACAUUGGGUAGCAGCUAUGUUUUUUCAUACAGUAGCAUUACCACCCAUUAAAGGCGAAUGCAGAUGUGUCGACCCAAAAACAGGCAAUACAAAAGCCAGGAUAGAAGUACGUUCAAGGACUGACUACGUUUGUGACAUUGCCAGAAAGAUCUUCCGUAACCGUCACCGCCCAAUCCGUGGCCCUUGGUGUUCGGUGGUACUUCAUCCAGGCAGUACAUUGACCAUAAAGUUACCGAUGCAAAGCGUUUCUUCGACUUCUACAAACGAGCGUUCGGAUGAGGACCUCCGCAUGGAUGUAGAGGAAGAUGUUUCGAGUAUUUCAUUCUCACAACUUUCGUCAGUAUAUGAAUACGAAAGCGAAUUUCUGCCCACUAACGUAGCUACGAUGAGGCAGCAGAGUGUGUCUUAUGACAACACCUACGAUGAAAAAUUGUAUCACAAUGCCCUCGUUGGUGACGCCAUUGAUAUAGACGUAUCCCAAAUUUCACGUGGGGAGGUAAAAUUGAAGUACCAUCGGGACAAACCUCUCACUUUACGACGCGGAUUAAACUCAUUCUAUUAUCAUUGGACUUUGGUGUCUAGAAACGACAAUGUUCCCGACAUGAUACGCGCCAUUGUGAAUGUCUCUUUUGCGCUGACGCACAACUAUGCGAUGCUUGGUAGCGACGUGCAUACGCAAAGUUUGUUCGAUCCAUCGAUAAGCCAGUAUCAUUGUUCAGUUCAAACCAUGGGAAAUGGAAUAGGGCGUGUUUACGAAUGUCUGUACCAAGACGUUGCACAUGUAACUGAUGUUGGGAUUCACUGCGGGUCGGAGGAGGAAUUGUUUCCCAACAAUUGUGAAGCCACAGCAUACGAUCUCUACUCCAAUAAGAUUGUUUUAUUUCCCGGAUCGGUGCGGAAUGCAACGCUUUUUCCUAUUCGGGGGUUCCAGCUGUUUAAGGUCGACUUCGAACAGAAUGAAUCCGUCAGCCUUGCCUGCUUAUGUGUCGACAAAAGGGGCUAUGAGAUAUCUAGGAUGAUUAUGGAGUCAAACCAGUAUAUAUAUCGUAGUUGCGAUGUAAAACAAGAAGAGCCAUCUAAUAGCUGGUUUCCCUUCCGAUUAAUUCCAUGGAGUGAGUUCCAGUUACUUGACCAGAACAGAUCAUCGAUACCAGUUUUAUUGAAUAACGUAACCAAAAAGUUCAUUACACUAAACGUGGGUACCCAGUUGGCCAUCACCUGUGCCGGCAGCCCCGGCGAUCUGAACGUUGCGGGCAAUCUAGAUGUCAACCCUAUGUGGCUACCAAUUGAUGCUGAAGAAUUCCAUUAUGCAGUGAGACUGACGCUACAUGGGCAUGAGCUUGUUCGAACGUUACACAGAGAUGUAAUAGGUGGUACUGUGGACGCUUUCCUUGUGAGUCAGAUACAUCUAUUAACUGAUUUUUACGUUCAAUUGGUAAUAGAUUCGCGCAGAGGGGGCAUUAUUAUAUCUAAGCAUCCAGACGACACAGCAUAUGUACCACUGACAUUUGUAUGCGGUAAAACGCCAAAUAUAUCGGAAAUAUCCAUGGUGCCUCGUAGCAGGUAUAAUGUUACCAUUCCGCAUGGUACAUUACGACUGGCACCGUACACGUGGCACGUCGUUGAAGUCAACGUGGAGACCACUGAUCCCUAUAUGCAAGGUUGCGGUGUUACGUACGAUUCAGAUGAGCUGUUCAAGCCUGCGACUCCCCAACUAUACGACUCUUACAGACAAGAAAUCGGCUGCAAAAUCGACAUUCAAUCUGCUAAAGAAGCGGCGUUCUACUGCCCAGCACCGUACGUCCUGGACCCACCUGACUGCUUCAACCAAGUGUUAGUGGAGGGUGAAGUGAAGAACUUAAGUGACAUCAGCGAGUCUCUGGCAGCGUCACAUUCCAACCACUUCGUUAUCCUGAAAUUCCACAGUGGAUCUAUUGGACCUGUAGAAACGUUGCGCAAGACUCCGCCACUUGAAUGCCGCUGCGUGACCAUCAAGGGCAUCGUCCUGUCUACCAUACAUAUCGAGAACUACUACGCAAAAUGA